CAGACGCGCACCCACCGCGACCGUUGAUUUUGAAGCGUCAAUUGAUUCUGACGGCCCUGCGCUCGGACGCCUCGGGUGGGUUCGCCAGUGCCGAAGACGAAGCUGUGACUUGUCGCAAGACACAAAGGGAGAGCUCCCUCGUUGCCUGCCGCUUUCGCUCUCCAUUGGCCAGAUCCGUCCACUGCGUCCCAUCAGCGCCCAGCAAAGGCCCAGCUGCGCUGUUUCCCUUGACGGCAUCCAUACCAAACGAGUUUCGGCCGAGCGAGGGGUCACGCGAGAAACGUCAACGAGACCCCGACCGAUGCGACGCUGCUAGUAGGUAGCCGCCGAUGGAGGCUGACGCGACAGGAGGAGUGGGAAGAGGAGUAGGAGGACUAGGAGGAUCAGUGGUAGACAAAGGUGGAGGCGAGACGGCACCGGCGCCGGCACCAGUACCGGCGCCAGGAACAGUUGGAUCCGCGCCGAGCGGCGGCGACACCACAAUGACGACGACGGCGACGACGACCCCCGCCACCAUGGCCAUGGAGCAAUGGACGCUGUUCCUGUCGCGCUGCCUGGCCACACGCCUCGACCCGGAGACGUUCGAUUCGUACGUGGUGCUGCUGUACGCAAAGCACCCGCUGCCGCCCCGCGCCGUCGCCGACGUCUUCCUGCGCCCGCGCCCCGGAAACUCGGACUGCCUCGACCCGCGCAUACCGCCAUACCUGCAGAUUCUACUGGCCCACCAGUUCGUCGAUGCCCUGUCGAUCCUCGAGGCCAUGUACCGCUACUCGACCUCGCAUACCCAGAGCCGGGCUGGCAUGCCGGCGCUCAAAGAUGGCGAGGACGAGAAACUAACCGGCGGGGUCAAUGACGCUGGUGGGAAGAAUAAUGGACGGCGCCGCCAGAAGCAGCAGCCCCUGGUAUGGGGCAGCUCGUACGCGGCCGAGGAGCACACCUUCUACCGCUUGACCAAGUCUAUCGCUCAGGGUUCUGGCAUAAGAAGCGUUCGAGACGCCAUCGAGAUCGCAAGGGUUAUGGCCCGGUGGAUGAACCUAUUCACUGCCGCCGCCGCCGCCUUCGCCGCCGACCCCAUGGGCCCGCUGCAGAACUCCCUGCCGCUCCAGGAGAUGGAGUCGGCCCGCGCCGGCUUCGUCAUGUUGCUACUGGGCCUCUGCGAGAGCAAACUCAUGCUCUCGUCAUUAAGCCAUGUCGAGGCAAAAGUCGCCCGCAAGGAGCUCUCGCAGAGCCUGGCCAAUUUUGUGCCGUCCAUGGUACAGAGCGCUGCGCAGAUCGCUGCCCGCCUUGAAGUCUUCAGGACCGAGACCUUGGCUGGCUUUGAGCCUGUGGACAAGGCUAUAGAGGCCGCUCAGGGAGAGAUGAACGCCCUCCUCGACUCGGCCGUGCCGCCCGAGAACCUGGUUCUCCCCGAAAUACUCAUCAGCCAUACACGCGCCGGUCUCUAUAUAUACGUCAACUCUCUUCUCGCCGGUCGUCCGCUCAUGGACGAUGUCGCCAUAUUCAACUAUCUACACAACCGAUUCCAGGGAAACCUGCAGCAAAUGGCUAUUGACCUAAUACUAGCCUCGUUUGAUAUGAUCGCCCACGCGGCCACCUCCCGACAGCCACAAAGGGCGGCGCACGUGCUGAGGUCCUACCUGACGAACAAGGUGCCGCUACUGCUGGUAUCCCUGGCCGCAUCCGCCACCCCUUUGUACCCCCUCAACGCCGCGGCCUGUGUCGAGCACGCGGUUCGGCAGGUUGGCUCGGCCACCUUUCCCAACAUGUCCGAGUACCUGGUCAGCUCGAACCGCAACGGCAACACCCUGACCGAAGGCACACGCGAGGACUUCCUUUUCGCCUGCUGCUUGCAUGGCCUCAUUCCUGAGGCGCGCAUCGUACCCAUUCUUAACGAGGCUUGUAUCAACUCGCUGCCGCCCGAGGGCCGCCUCGUCAAGGACAACCUGGUGCAGGAGUGCCUCGCAGACCCAGAGAAGACCCACCAGCUGGUCAGGAAUCUCGACAAGUGCGACGGCAACGUCGGCGCCAUCAGCCAGGCCCUGGUCGAGGUGCUCGGCCAGCUAUGCGACAUGAAGGAGACCAUGACUUUGAAGACGCUGUGUAAUCAACUAGCGAGAGACCCCGUCUAUCUCGACGUGCUGCUGCUCUUUGACAAGUUGCCAACCAUAGUAACCCCACUCUGCGAGCUUCUGGAUAACUGGAGAUACGACGAGGACCAGGGCGAAUUCCAGCCCGUCUACGAGGAGUUCGGAUCCGUCCUCCUCCUGCUGUUGGCCUUUAUCCACCGCUACAAUCUCACUGCCGCCGACCUGGGCACCAGGUCCGCCGACUCGUUUAUCGCUAAGCUGAUAAGUCGCGGGCACAUGGCCCUGCACCUGGACGAGCUCUCGGAGCAGGAGCAGAGCCACCUCGACAAGUGGAUUCAUGGUCUCUUCGAUAGCGAUGCUGGUGGCCUAGGCGAUGAGCUGAUGUCUGCGUGUCCGCCGCAGGAGUUUUAUCUCUUGAUACCCACUCUCUUCUACAAUAUCGUACUCGCCGUCAGUACGGGCUGCCUCUCCGAGGACAGUCUUAAGAGCGGCUUGGAGUAUCUUGUCGAUACCUUCCUUCUCCCGGCCCUGGUGCCAGCAAUUAUUUAUCUGUGCAACCAUCUUUGGAUCGAUCGUUCCGAAGAACAAAAGGCCAUCAUCAGGAUACUACAGCUUAUCAUCGCCCCCAGUUCCAUUUCCAAUGAAGCAUCCACAAUGCUCACAUCCGUGCUAUGCAUGGUCGCCAAGCCGCUCGAUCUUGCACUGCGUACAUACCAACGUCAGGAUGUGAAGAAUCAGGACAUCGAUCCGCUGCUCCGUAUCCUAAAGGCGCAAGUCCCGGUGUCGAGGCGUACGGGGGCUGCCGAUAACAACGAGCUCGAUCAAUGGACGGGCACGCCCGGCGGCGGCAUCAACCAGGCCGUUCGUCACACAUUCAGGGGCCUCGUGUCUUGGAGCCUGGCGCCUCCCGACCCCGAGCGGACCCCAACCCCCUACACGCACCGUCAGAUGCUGGUCGCCCUCCGGCUAAUGCGGGCGCGUGGUCUGUUGCGUCUCUUGCUGGACGAAUUCCGGCAGCAGGCCGUGCAAGGCAACGAGGGCGUCGCGCUCGACGUCUGCUGUGCCCUAGUCUGCGCGCCGGACUCUGGCGCGGGCGAGCAGCCGGAUGAGGCGGCGGCCCGGCAGCAACAUCAGCAAAUGAACAACAUGCUCGACGCAGCCGGCGGCGUCGUGGCCCCCGUGCCCCUGCCGCCCCAGCAGCAGCGCCUCAUGUCGCUCCGCCAGGCGCUGCGCUACGAGGCCGAGGACUGGAAGAAGAUCCAGCGCCACGAUCCGGCCAUGGCCGAAGCCGUCGUGCGCCUGCACCGCCGCGUCGAGGAGCAGAUGGCCGUGUCGGACGCCGCCGUCGCCGCCGCGGCUGCCGCCGCCACGGCUGCCGCCACGGCCGGCAUGCUACAGGGCGGCGACAUCAACGACAUGAUGGCUGGAGAUGCGGCCAUGGCGGCCGCGGCCGCGGCAGUCGCGGCCGAGAACACGGCAGGCGCCGACGGCAUGUCGCUCGACACUUCAGUCGGCGUCGGGCUCGACCUCGGCGGUGGCGACCUCAACCUGGGCGGCUCAUCGGCCAACUCGGUCGGCGGUCUCGACGGCGGCCUCGACCUGGGCGACGACAUGUUCAGAGGGCUGGGGCCUCUGGAUGGACUGGGUGGGUGGGAUGAUGUUAUGGACAUGAGUUGAGGUCUUUGGUCUUUGCGCCACUCUGCACAAAGGCACAAGCGCAUCAUACACCAUCAUGCUGCGUGUGAGCAAGCUGUGAUUUCAAUCGCCUUGUAAACGGUGCCUAGCGACUUCUUUGGGUAGAUGAUAUGUAACAGAAACAGCGACGCGAAAAAAAGAAGAAAAAAAAAAGAGUUAAAAAUGGGUGGUUGUUUCUUUCUUAUCAUUCCCAAUCAGGCCACCACCACAUCUUUAGGCCCUUCCGGGAUACCUGUCGAGGAGAUGAUUUAUGACGGCAAGCCGUCCAAUCAACGACGGCAUCCCACCAGCCCGCAGAAGACAAGCAUCACUUGACGUUACAUAUGCAAGGCAUCAAAUCAAAAAUCAUCCGAUUGUCUAUCGGAUGGAUAGAUCUUCUUGGAGGGGGGGGCCGGGACAUCCCGUCCGACGUGCAUGCGAGAUGGAGGAGGCCAUGGUUGCAGUAGGAAGCUGCUGUGGCCGCGGAGCGAAUUCAACAUGGAUGCGUCUAGUCUUUUUGUCUGGUAUUGCAGGUGGUGUUUAUUUAUCAUGUGAAACGUCUGUUCCUUCUAUUCAAGCCCACCCUUCGUCGAGCCACCUUGAGAAAAAAAAAUCUGGCUGAGAAAUGCACAGGACCUUCAUAGGAACAGUGUAAAAAAGAUCCAAAUCUCUCCCAUGGAAUGUUGAUACAAUAAGAAAAG